AUGAGUGGCCGGGCGAAAACGGUUGUAUCCAUCGUAUCGCCACACAAGGCCCAUUUUGCCAUCUACUUGAUUGCUCAUUUAAACGUUGGCUUUGUGACCACAUUAAUCCCGCUGAGCUUCUCCUUCCUGACAUGUCGUUCCGGGAUCCCCUCGCAACAAAUGUUCUGGAUCUUCUUCCUAUUUUACACAUCCCUCUUUGUCGGGACAAUGGCGAACGCGUACCUGAAUAAAAAGGAAAAUGAACUGCGAAUGUUGAUCGUCACAAGUCUGCUGAUGGCCACAACGCUGGUGGCAGCAACCUUCGUCACAGACUUGCUAUUGUUUACCCUCACAUUCGCAGGCCUCGGCGCUUCGAUGGGAAUACAGUUCUCAGAGAUCAACGUAUCCUACCUAAAAAUGUUCCCUCAGCAGCAUUUCUCCUUGCUACACACGCUUCAUCUAUCCCAUUCCCUGGGAGCCUGGCUCGCCUCCCUGAUGUUCCGCAUUGUACCGAGACCCGACCAGGGAGAUUGCCGGGAGUUACUCUUCGACCUGCCUCAGAACGUCGACAAAUUGUACCUCUUGCCCAUCAUCGACGGCCGUUUCAUGAUUGCUGUCUAUACGGUUAUACAGGUUGGUGGAGCAGUU